UUAGCAUCAAAGACCCUACCGCGGGCGUGGUACCCCUCUUGGCCCAUUCGAGCAUUGGUCGCAAAACACCAUGCAUCCUCUGUUGCAUGAAUACCACAUUUGAUCUGCCUGACUUGAGGCAUACCAUCGCGAUGAUGCAGCUCUGACACCGCUCCGAUGCUACCCAGAUAGGCUACAGCGCGCAACAUGUCAGCCUUCCCGCCCAGCGCUGAAGCACGCGCGCCUUACGGAGGUAAAGGGUGUGAGUAACGCUUAUCGAUUCGUAAGCCUCCUAGCCUGCAUAGGGCUGGACUGACGUUUCAUGUCUCGAGAUGCUCGUCAUUUUUGCGAAGCACAGGAAAAACCACGUUUGCACAUGGAUGAGCCAUACAUACUCUGCCGAUGGCAUUGUUGAGGAGAUUGCUUUCAGGUCUACAGGCUCAUCCACAUAGCUCACACUUUCGACCCUUACACUCAUUAUGCGCAGUCGUACUAGCCCGUCAGCUUCGGCUCUGCCCCUCUCUCCGCGUCAACCGUGCUUUUUCCUCAGCCUCACGCUACAGAUGCGAGCGGAAUGCCUCUUAUACGACGGAUGCGGACUGUACUCAUUUCGUUCCAUCGUUUGGAAGCAGUGCGACAGACUGUCAUUUGUUCGGAGCAGAGCUGAGCGUGUAGCCAACCUCCUGAAAAGGAUCAGCUCACUGAAGCGAUACGUGAACAUACCCGCACUGGACCCAAUGAUAUACGCAGACGUCCGUAAAAAACGCACCUACGAAUACUUGACCAGAGCUGGCAACUUGAUUCCUUUGGAGCAGGCUCGCUGUCGAUCUGUAGGAUAUCUCGGGUACAUGCCGUGGCAGAGCGGCAGUAGUACAAUAGAGCCCGCUGUCUGUUGUUUCGCUCUGGGUGGGAAGAGAUGUACCCUGAAGCCUACACUGACGCUAGAUAUGCUGGUUUGUUUAUUUUGAGCUGCAGACUGUCUGUUUUCUUCUUUGUAUGAGGUGGAUGGCGGGCUGCGUCGUGAUCUUCUUUGCACAUGCGAACUACCCGACGAACACAUUAGCCUACCCUAGAUUCUGCCGCUGAUACUAAGGCGGGAAAGACAAGUCGCUACCACAGUACCGGUACUGCUGGACGCCUGAAGUUGUUCGAUGUAGUCAAGUGGGCUAGAACGUCUGGCAAGGCGAGUUUGUGUAUCAUAUGGCCUCGAUGCUAAGGAACGGGUCGUUGAAGACGGCCUCGGUAUUUGGUGUUCGUGGUUGGCUUUCCUGACCCUCCCGAGGAGAACGAAAAUUGAUAUCCCACAAUCGUCAAGCAGCUCAAGAUGGCAGUCUGCGCACAAAUUCUGAUGCGUCUUAUGAGAAAGUCGGACCGCCUGGUGAGUGUGAAGACAGAGUGGCAUGUGAAGGAGCUGUUGCACACGGGCCCUCUCUUGACGUUUGGAGGAUAAGCAGGG